UUCUCUCUCUCUCUCUCUCUCUCUCUCGUCCAAGACGGAGCAAAGCACCACCCUAUAUAAUAUAUAUGGACCCACCGCCACCUGCUCCGCCACUCUCCGCCGCCGCACCAACGAACUUCAGCUACCCCGACUCAGUCGAAUCGUCCCCUCGCUCCCGCAACACCGAUUCCUGGGACGACCACCAGCACUCGCCGGCCGUCCCCGUCUCCGGCGGCGGCGGUGCGAAGCUCCGCCUGAUGUGCAGCUACGGCGGCCACAUAGUUCCCCGGCCUCACGACAAGUCCCUCUGCUACGCCGGGGGCGACACCCGCAUCAUCGUCUCCGACCGGCACUCUUCCCUCUCCGACCUCACUCAGCGCCUCUCGAAAACCCUCCUCGAUGGCCGAUCCUUCACUCUCAAGUACCAGCUUCCAAACGAAGACCUCGAUUCCUUGAUCUCCGUCAGCACCGACGAGGACCUCGAGAAUAUGAUCGAAGAGUACGACCGCCUCACCCUGAAAUCCUCCCGCCUCCGCCUCUUUCUUUUUCCUUCGAAAUCCGAUUCGGGUUCCUCAAUUGGGUCCCUCUCUCUCCUCGAGAACUCCACCAAGUCCGAGGACUGGUUUCUGAGCGCACUCAAUGGCUCCGCAAGAGGCUUCUCUGAAUCGGCCUCGGUGAAUUGCUUACUGGGUCUCGACGACGACAUUGCGAUCAAUGCUGCCACGGACUCAUCGUCGGUGAAAGAGUUGGACUCAUCAGCAUCACAGCUCGAAUCGAAUUUCGGCAAUGUCAAGGGAGUGAAUAGUAAUAAUAAUACCAAUAAACAAGUCGCACAGGAUGUUCAUUCGGUGCCCGAUUCGCCUAUGUUGGAUACCAUGUCUUCGUUCGGGUCGUCUGCUUCGUCGCCGUCGCUAGCGAACUUGCCGCCGAUUCGGGUUCACGCGGAGGAUCAGAGGGCGGCGCUGGGCGGAAUUGAGGAGCAAUUCUCUCAGUUGAGUGUUGGUGUUGGUGUUGGUGUUGGUGUGCAGAAGCAAGAUGAUGGUGGCUUUUCAGUUCUGACCACUUCUCCGGCGCCGGCGAUGGCUCUGGGUUCUGCUGGGAUUCAUGGUGAGUACUCGAAUCGGGUUUUGUUCGAGGAUGAAAGAUCAGAACAGGGAUUGCCAGUUGGGUAUCGAAAGCCACCACAAUCACAGCCUCUACAAUUGCAGUCCAAACCAACUGCUGGUGUUGAUUUGGCUUCUCCAGAUUCAGUUUCAAGUGAUAAUAGUACAACAUCAAACACAUUGUCUCGCCAAAGAGCGAUGAUUUAUCAAGAUCCAGUUAUUCAAAAUCCCUCUGGGAACAGCAGGGUUGCCGUCUACCCUGCUGAUCCCAAGUUAUCUGAUCCAAACUCUAGGGUUCAGAUGCAACAAGUUCAAGAUUCUUCAUUUGUAUUGCAAAACCUAAUUGAUCAACAACAACUAUUGAACCAUCAUCAUCAACAACAACAACAAUUGAAUCAUCAACAACAACAACAGCACCAACAACAACAACAGCAGCAACUGAAUCAUCAACAGCAGCAGCAACAACAACAGCAGCAACUGAAUCAUCAACAGCAGCAACAACAACAACAGCAGCAAUUGAAUCAUCAACAUCAACAACAACAAUUCAUUCAGGCCGGGGCUCAUUACAUUCAACAUCACCCUCCUGGGGCAAUGCCAAUCUCAUCUUUCUACCCCAUGUACCCUCCCCAACAACAGCCCCUCCAUCCCCAACACUCUCUGGAUCAGCAAUACCCUGUGUUUUAUAUGCCUGCUAGACAAGCUCAAGCUUAUAACUUGCCUGUCCAUCAAUCAAAUUAUAGCGAAACCGCCGCAAGCAUCCCUUCUAGCCGGCCCCAAACACCUCCACCUCCUUCCAUAAUCCCUCCCUCUGCUGCUUACAGUGCUGCCCGAAUCGCUCCUCCUCCUAAACCCGAAAUGGCCACAGGCAUGUACAGAACAUCAACUGUGGCUGGUCAAGCACUUUCUAGUCAGCAUCAGCCGCAAUAUGUUGGUUUCUCUCAGAUUCAUCAUCCCUCUCAAUCUAUUGCCCCUAAUUCAGCAACUACUACUAAUUAUGGUUAUGAAUUUGCGGAUCCUGCACAUGCCCAAUUGUAUUAUGCUCAGCCUAUGGCUUCCCAGUUGGCUGCUCAAUAUCAAACCAUGGCAUCGAACCCUGCAGUGGUGUUGCCUGAAACUUCUGCCCAACUUCCCGCAGACAAUGUCAAGCAGCAAAUUAGGACUUCACAGCCAUGAUAGGUGAGUUGAGUUGGGAAGGAAGAAACAAUUUUGCAGCAAUGGGUGUGGUUUAUGUUUGAAUUUUCUAUUAUAGUCUGUGUCUUGUUAUUGGUAUUGGUUUGUGCUUGUGUAUUUGCGAUUGGUAAUAAGAAACUCAGGUUUUUAUUAAUUAUUGUUGUCGUCUUUGUGAAAUAGAAUGAAAUUCGUCUGAGAUCAUACUGUAAAAGCUCCAACUCAUAUAUAUUGAGUCUGUUCAGUCUUUCAUCACUUUCGAAUAAAAUGUAAUAUAUUCUAGCUA